AUGCAGACCGUUCCAAGUGCAACCAAGGAUCACCACCACCACACACCCGCCAUCACAUGGGCUGCUAUAGACUUUAACCUAUCCCACCCACUUUCUGCCCUAUUCUACACUGCUAUUAGAUCCCUUCAAACCCUCUUUCUUGGUGGCUUGACCAACCUCUUUCCCGUUGCAGCACUUGUUGGAACUGGUACUGCUAUCGCCGCUGCGGCCAGUGGUUUGGUGUUCGGCCAACCCACCACUGAUCCAAACUCCUUCUCCCCUUCGACUCGACGUCCCUCCCAUUCCAGACGAGUAUCUGUAGACCGCGACCCAACCGCACAGUCGCCAUCGCUUAACAACUUUGCCUCCUCACGGCCCGCCACGAGCAACACCGCUGCUUCUGUAUUCGGCGCCUCGCACCAGCACACUCUCCCGCGCCCAGUUACCGCCUCGAGGCCACCCCUCUCUCGUUAUCAGCGACCGCCUAUGCCCCAGACGCAGUCAACUCCCCCACAGCUUAACAGUAGACAGUCGUCACUUGUGAGGCACUCCGAAUCUCCAGCCAUUAUCCCAGAGUCUCGAGACUCCAUCUCCUCCAAUGGAUCUUGGAUAAGGCGCUUCUCUGUUCGCCCGUUGUCUCGUCACGAAAGCACAAGGUCGAGUGGCGGUCCCGACGCACCUUCUGUCUUCUCCCACGGCUCAGCCGCUCCGAUAUUGCGCGGUUCCCCUGCAACGACUCUUCCUCCAAACAAGCUCGUCAAACGAUCUACGUCAAACGCCAUCGACCCUGACCCUCUACCACGACGACGACGUGCGAAAUCUCAUCUACAAUACCUGCCCACUCUUCGCCGACCUGCUACCAGCCACCAGAGGUCUGCGACUCUUCAGCAAUUUCGACCGGACUCUCCUGCGGUGUUCACACCAACAGAUUCACACAACGUUUCGUUCGACGACCAGGCACGACCCCACGAGUUCCUCGCCCAGUCUCCAAUUGAACCCCCCACCAGAUCGACGUCUUUAAGAAGUGGAUGGAAAUCGUACUUCCAUUCCAAAAGGCUUAGCAUCAGCGGACGAACAGGCUCAAGUAGGUUAGGUGAGUUGAGUCCACAUGCUCGAGCCGUUUCUUCAAAGCGCAUUUGCACCGACAACAACGAGCGCGGCAGAGUUCAUUUGGUGAAGCCAAGAAUGGUUUCUGCAGUACCAGCCCCUCGAGGUCUACUACCUGCUGCACAAAUUCAACCAGAUAUACUUCCACCUCAAACUGCUGAGGAAGAGCCAAACCAAUCUCGCGACACUUCCCCUUCUAGAACACCUCGGAAAUCAGGUUCGAUGCCAUUCGCAUCUGCAGGAACGUGGGCGGUAAGAACGACAGGGAGCAUGCGGCGGUCGAAACCUAGCGCUGAAUCCAAGAGCGGGAAUAAGCGACGUGUGUCGGAACCGCUAGCUGGUGCGCAACCUGGCGCUGUUCCUCGAACCAAUCCGGCCUUUGAAUCGACCCUCCCCGCAACAUCACCAAUAUCGGACCGGCAGGGAUUGUCGCUUGGUUCAGCUGCCAACAUGCAGUUGAAAAGUCGUAAAAGAAACUCUUCAUCGCCGGUCCCCCCACCUCCUAGACUUACAAACUUUCAUAUGGAUGCGUCCCGGUUAGGAUAUUCUACUGGGGCUCCCACCCAUCAAUAUCGACCCAACCAGCCCUCCGGAAGUUCUACCAGCUCCACUGCGAUGUCACAACUUCGGGCACCGCAUCACGACAGGGCUUCCACUAUGGAGAGCUCUGAGGGUGACACUCGAGACUGUACGUCAGUGGACGAUGAUGACACUGAUUUCAAAAGCGAUUGCAUAUUUGAUUCGUUGCGCUCCGGCCGUGCUCGUGCUGUCGAGACCCCGUUGGAGUCCAUGUACGACGAGUCACCGCCAAGCACCGCCGGCAAUGGUACAAAGACGAAGCGUCUGUCUAUUCAUGAGAUGCUUGGUAGAACUUGGGAUGAGGAUGAUAAGAUCAUGGAGGAGGACGAGAAUGCAUCCACCCCUGUCCGCACCCUGGAUCGAUCGGACACAUCGCCGCAUUUCAGAUUAGAAUCGAGAUUUAACUCGUCACCUUAUGAUAUUUCAACCUCUCCGACCAAGGAGUACAGCAGGCUGUCCUUUGAGGACGAAUUCGACGAUGAUUGGGCCAGGGACGACGAGUUCCAAUGUAACCCCUUAUCGCCUCCCUCCAAAGGGAGCUCACUGAAUUCCAGGGGUAUCAACCCUAAUGUUCGCCUCGCCCUCGCCAAUAUCAGCGGUAAUGGCGUUGCGGAUACAAACGGCCACGAUGCCCAUAAUGAUCGCCCGCUCAGCUCACUCUUCGACUGGAGUGAACCUCCAACCCACGACAAAUCCGAAACUGGACGAUUACCGCGGCCAAUGACUUCGUACGCUAAGCAGAUGGACCUUAGAGGCGGCCGUUCUUCUACUCGCAGAUGCCCGGCUCCAGCUCAUAUACGUAGUCAGAGCGUUCCGGUCGUUCACGACCCUCCUGAAACUUCGAAACCUACUGGUGCUAAGUAUGGUACCUGGGGAAUGGCGACCAAGCCCGCCAGCGAGGAUUGGGACGAUGAUUUCGAAUUUGGUGGCAGUGGUAUCGAGAACAACGACAAGGAUGACAAACUAUUUGCAGUACCCGAAUCUAUUCGUGCAACGCAACCCAGCGUCAAGGCACAUUCAGGGCACAUUCGGGAAUUCUCUCUUCUUGUUAACGACCUGAAGCGCCUCUGUCGUCACGCCCGGGAUAUGGAUAUGCUUGAAGGAUCACAGAAACAUCUAUGGAAAGAAGCUGAUGGUAUCAUUGCUCUUGCAUCACCUGAUGAAGAGUCGUUGGACGAGGACAAUGAUGACCAGAAGUCCACAUCAUCUAUCAAUUUUGAUGCCUUCGACAUUGACGAACGAUUUGGGGAUGAUGGUUUCGACGCCCACUCCAUGAACCGUCUUGAUGCCGCCUUUGAUGGUCACGAACCUCCCAUGUCUAAGACGACGGUAGUUCGAGAACGACAUUCUCCGCGCCGACGGUCUGUCUUCUCUCCAGAAGAUGACAUUUUUGGAAACUGGCCCAUAUCAGACACGCCACCAUCGAACCGGCCUAGUCGUCCUAGAACGCCCGAGAACAAGCACAACAAGCCUCAUGAUGUAUCAGGAGUAGUUCGUUCUGUAAUCGGGGCGAUGCAACAUCGUGCCCCCGAACAAGUGCCGGAUAAGGGCAAGGUCCAUUUCGACACCAACAGCCUCAAAGCUCUUGUUAAGAGAGCCGGUGAUUUGCGGGAUACACUAUCCGACAUCAUUCGGCAAGCCGACCAAAUCACAGAGAGCCCUAUGCGUACACCACGAAAUACACGACAACAGGACUCAAGUCCAGCUUUCACUCGUGUAUUUGAUGAUCCCGGCUCAAGUCCUCCCAGAAGAGCGGCACGAAGCCGUGGCAACAACUCACUAAUAGAAGCUGCAUCCUCCGAAAACUCACCGUCUUCUGGUCUACCGCAAAGGAUGCAGAUGAUGACUGUCAACUGA